UUCCUAUCAGCGUUCCCAAUCUAUCCCCAGGUGUUAACCAUGAACCAGAAACGAACCAUGAACCGCGCUUUUUAAAGCAGCUGGCCGUCUCAUUAAACCAACAAAGCGUUGAGAGCUAUGGAAUUACAGAGAGGAUUUCCUCUGCUAUACCAGCAAUUUAAAGCUCUAUUGAAGAAGAACCUGUCGCUUUCAUGGAGGAACAAGAGCGCCUCAUUCCUCCAGUUGUUUUCAUCCUUGUUCUUCAUUUUCCUCCUCUUCUGCAUUGAAAAAGCCAUGAACGCUGCCAACUCCGACACCACGGCGUAUAAGUCGGUACUCGAUCCUCAGCCUCUGGUUUCGCCGCCGAUCCCUCCCUGCGAGGACAAGUUCUACAUUAAGAAGCCUUGCUUCGACUUUGUAUGGAGCGGAAACUAUAGCGAUAGACUGAAUCGUAUUGUCAGUUCAAUCAUGGCAAAUAAUCCUGGCAGGGUGAUUACGUCCAAUAAGGUUAAAUCAUUCAGAACAACAGACGAUGUAGACUUUUGGCUUUUGAAUAAUCCUAUGCAUUGCCCUGGAGCUCUGCAUUUCAAAGAUAUAAAUGCCACUGUUAUCAGCUAUGGCGUACAGACUAAUUCUACCCGAGUUAUGAAUCGGGGGUAUUCUGAAGAUCCUACAUUCAAAUUUCAAAUCCCACUUCAGAUUGCAGCAGAGCGUGAAAUUGCUCGGUCUAUCAUUGGAGAUCCAAACUUUAGCUGGGUAGUUGGACUUAAAGAAUUUGCACACCCAGCAAAAAACAAUUUCUCUGUGUUGGCUUCAAUUGGACCAACUUUCUUUCUUGCGUUUGCCAUGUUUGGGUUUGUGAUGCAAAUUGGAUCUUUGGUGGUAGAGAAGGAACUCAAACUUCGCCAGGCAAUGAGUAUGACAGGUCUUUAUGAAUCUGCUUAUUGGUUCUCUUGGAUCACAUGGGAAGGAAUACUUUCACUCGUAUCAUCACUUCUCCUUGUUCUUUUUGGAAUGAUGUUUCAGUUUGACAUGUUCAAGAAAAACAAUUUUGCAGUUGUGUUUCUUGUGUUCUAUCUUUUUCAGCUCAAUAUGGUUGGUUUUGCGUUUUUGUUGUCAAACUUCAUUAGCAAGUCAUCUUCAGCCACAACAGUCGGUUUCUCGGUAUUUAUUGUUGGCUUUUUUACACAGAUUGUUACCAUAUUUGGAUUCCCAUAUGGUAUCCAUGUCGCUAGUAUUCUACGAACUCUCUGGUCAUUAUUCCCACCCAAUCUUCUUGGUAUAGCUGUGAAUUUGCUUGCUCAGGCAACUGCCACUCCUGAAGAUGUUGGGAUCAGCUGGAGUAGACGGUCAGAGUGUGUACGAGAUGAUAGUGCAGCAGACAAGUGUGUAAUAUCAAUUAAUGAUGUUUACUUAUGGCUUACAUCUACGUUCUUUGUCUGGUUUGUUUUGGCAAUCUACUUCGACAAUAUAAUUCCAAAUGCAUAUGGUGUCAGAAAACCUAUAUUUUAUUUCUUAAAGCCUGGGUAUUGGACUGGAAAAGGUGGAAAUAGAGUGGAAGAGGGUGGCAUUUGUAGUUGCAUGGGUUCAGUCCCACAACAAGAGCAUAUUACUCCAGAAGAUGAGGAUGUGCUUGAAGAGGAAAAUAUUGUUAAACAAGAAGCAAAAGAUGGCUUAGUCAAUCCAGAGGUUGCAGUUCAGGUACGUGGACUUGCAAAGGUAUAUGCUGGGACUACGAAGAUUGGUUGUUGUAAAUGCAAGAAAACUUCACCUUACCAUGCUCUCAAGGGCUUAUGGAUGAACUUUGCAAAGGAUCAGUUAUUUUGUCUCCUUGGACCAAAUGGCGCUGGAAAAACUACCGCAAUCAAUUGUUUGACAGGCUUAACACCUGUGACCAGUGGAGAUGCUUUGAUUUAUGGAUAUUCCAUUCGGAGCCCUGUUGGCAUGUCCAACAUUCGAAGAAUCAUAGGAGUUUGUCCCCAGUUUGACAUCCUUUGGGAUGCAUUAUCUGGUGCAGAGCAUCUCCAUCUCUUUGCUAGCAUUAAAGGCCUACCCCCAGAUUCAAUAAAUUUGGUUGCUGAGGAAUCAUUAGCAGAGGUAAGACUCACUGAGGCAGCUAAAGUGAGAACCAGGAGUUACAGUGGAGGAAUGAGACGCCGGCUCAGUGUUGCAAUAGCACUUAUUGGGAACCCAAAGUUGGUCAUUCUAGACGAACCGACUACUGGUAUGGAUCCAAUAUCGAGAAGACAUGUCUGGGAUAUAAUACAGAAUGCAAAGAAAGGUCGUUCCAUUGUCCUGACAACACAUUCAAUGGAAGAAGCUGACAUUCUAAGUGAUCGCAUAGGAAUUAUGGCCAAGGGUAGGCUCCGAUGCAUCGGAACAUCAAUCAGGUUGAAGUCGAGAUUCGGUACCGGUUUCAUCACUAAUGUGAGCUUUAUUGAAAGCAAUGCUGAACAAUCUCCUCCAAAUGCAUCCGUGGAUCUUUCCAAUCAACACGAGGAUGUAAAGCAGUUUUUCAAAUAUCAUUUGGAUGUAAUGCCAGCAGAGGAGACCAAAUCCUACCUGACUUUUGUCAUUCCCCAUGAUAGGGAGAAGCUUUUAACGAGAUUUUUUUCGGAGCUUCAAGAUAGAGAAAGAGAAUUUGCUAUAGCCGAUAUCCAAAUUGGCCUUGCAACGCUUGAAGAAGUUUUCUUAAAUAUUGCCAAGCAGGCAGAGCUAGAAAGUGCUGCAGCUGAGGGGAGGUUGGUUACUUUGACCUUAACAUCUGGAGCCUCAGUUCAGAUACCUAUAGGAGCUAGAUUUGUUGGGAUUCCGGGAACACAAUCUCCAGAGAAUCCUAGAGGCAUAAUGGUUGAAGUAUACUGGGAGCAAGAUGAUUCCGGUUCUCUGUGCAUUUCUGGUCACUCUGCUGAAAUGCCUCUGCCUCUUAACGUUCAACAAUUUAUUUCUGCAUCACAGCCACGUUCUAAUAUAAAUUUCCUCCGCCGGGGUAAAGAACCAGUUUAUGGAAUCAUGAUCGAUCCGAAUCAGAUUAGUCCUAGUAAUUAUUAACAAUCAUAAACUCUUAUUUAUUCUAUUAUUCUACACCUCUCUGAUUUAGCGGUAUUAGUCGAUAGCUUUUUCUUUGGCUAUUUGUAUAGGACUUGAUAUUUGAAUAGUUCAAAAUAAUAUCUCUAUUUCCCUUCUGGUA